GUGCCGCGCCGCACGCAGCAGCGGCCGCAGAUGGGCCCCGAUACCAGCCGCUGCCGCCUGCGACCGGGCGCUGCCGCGGAGUAAAACAUUAUAUACAUGCUGCAAUAUGCUCUCAGCAGUACAGUUGCCUGUCUAAGAUGUAUGUAUAGUAGGAACUACUGUAUAAAGUGAUCCUGAUGAGUCUCUUCCAGUUUACCAGUAGAAGGCUGGUUUCGCAAGCAUAUUGUGGACUUAAGCCUCCUUCUUCCAAGAAACAAAGGAUUUGCUUAGAAAUGGCUCGCCCUAAUUCAAAUAUGGCUGAUUUUCGAGAAGUGUUUGCCAAAGCAAAGCAUAUAGCCAUUAUUACAGGGGCUGGUGUUAGCGCUGAGAGUGGUGUUCCUACCUUCAGAGGCACGGGGGGCUACUGGAGAAAAUGGCAAGCUCAGGAACUGGCUACCCCAGAAGCCUUUGCAAGGAACUCCUCCCGUGUAUGGGAAUUUUAUCAUUACCGCCGGGAGCUGAUGUUGAGUAAACAACCAAAUCCAGCACAUAUUGCCAUUGCAGAGUGCGAAGCCAGACUGAGCAAACAGGGAAGGAGUGUUGUGGUCAUUACUCAGAACAUUGAUGAACUCCACAGAAAGGCAGGCACAAAACACCUCUUAGAAAUUCAUGGUAGCUUAUUCAAAACCCGAUGCACCAGCUGUGGAAAUGUGGCAAAGAAUUACAAGAGUCCAAUAUGUCCAGCUUUGGCUGGGAAAGGUGCUCCAGACCCUGAAAUAGAAGAUGCCAAGAUUCCAGUUGAAAAUCUUCCUCGGUGUGAAGAGCAAGGCUGCAAUGGCCUCCUCCGUCCCCAUGUUGUGUGGUUUGGAGAAACUCUGAAUUCUGACAUUCUUACAGAGGUUGAAAAUGAACUUGAGAUCUGUGACCUCUGUUUGGUGGUGGGAACCUCUUCUGUGGUGUAUCCUGCUGCUAUGUUUGCUCCUCAAGUAUCUGCCAGAGGAGUGCCAGUUGCAGAAUUUAACAUGCAAGCCACCCCUGCCACAAAUAGGUUCAGAUUUCAUUUCCCAGGUCCCUGUGGUACCACUCUGCCUCCAGCACUUGCUCGCCAUAAAAGUGAAAUAAUCUCAUGAGCAUUCAUCUGAGGAAGGGAGGGGAAAUAACUAAAUUGCUAAGAAUAUCAAGAAGUACACACAAGCUGAAAUGGAUGUUUGUAGAAGAAACCCUAAGUGUUGUAAAGAGACUACAUCUGUGGAUGAAACUAAUCAAAGAAUGCCUGAUUCUCAGUUACAGUGAUGGCAGAGAGGGUUGGGAAAAGGGGAAAAUACUGGACUUCCAAAUUUAAAAAAAAGGUCACGUUUAUGUUGGAAUAAAAUCUUUUCUGUCAAAGGAAAACAUAAAAACAAUCAUGAAUGACUCCAAAAUUGCCUGGCUACAGUAGGAGGAGGUUGCUCUGUUAGAUGAAUCUGAACUCUACAAAGGUUUCAUUAUAAACCAAUUUGAGGCUUAUGUAUCUUUGACAUUUUUUUGAGGUGAAAUUUCUGAAAGGAUGUUGUAUGAAACGAGGGAAAGUAACCAGCUUUUUAAGGGGCUAACACUUCAGCACUUUGAAAAUAAAUAAGCAAAAUAAAAACUUUGAGUUAUGGGAACAUUUAUGUCAGGGCAAGGUGUAUGCUUGCAGUGCUGCACUUUGUGUUUGUGACAGUGAUAGAAGCACAGUGCACCAGGGCCAUUUCCAUCCUAGCUGCUUUGCCAUCUGCACCGGGGAGCUGCAAUGGUCUUUGUGUUAUUUCCUUUGCUUAAGCAGCUGUUACCUUGUUAUGGGUUAUGUUAUUAAACAGCGUCACUGACGCCUCGCGUCGCUUUUUACUGCU